GAGGGGACGGGAGGCAGCGAGAUCUCCGUUUCAUGGAGGCUGAGGCGAGAGGAAUUUUCGGAGCCUGGAUGCGGAGGAGCCAAACAGCAGAACUAACUCAGGAAAUUGUCUUUCAGAAAAAGGCCGAACGUAGCUUGGGUCCGAGAACCAGGCUGGGAGGGAGGAAGAGAAGGGGGGGCUUAGAAAGACCAUGUUAACUGGUCGAAGUAGUAUGGAGCAUCAGUUACCAGGGUCCUGAGAGCUGGAGAAAAGGAUUCAAGUCUUCAAGUUGGGAGGGCCUCCUCUCACCUUCCUUAAAAAUCGCAAGCAGUUCAAUUCUGAUCAAGACACCAAAGCUACAGGAUCUGGAUCUGUGGAGAUACCGAGAAACCAUGAGUGUAAGGCUACCCCAGAGUAUAGACAGAUCAGCCAGUAAAAAGCAGUCUCACCUGUCCAGGUUAAGUAGCCUGUCUUCUCUGGGAGAUUCUGCACCUGAGCGCAAGUCCCCUUCCCACCAUCGCCAGCCCUCUGACAUCUCUGAGACAACAGGUCUUGUUCAACGCUGUGUCAUCAUCCAAAAAGACCAGCAUGGCUUCGGUUUCACUGUCAGUGGGGAUCGCAUCGUUCUGGUGCAGUCUGUGCGGCCUGGAGGUGCAGCCAUGAAAGCUGGUGUGAAAGAGGGUGACCGGAUAAUCAAAGUCAACGGCACCAUGGUGACCAACAGCUCACACCUGGAGGUGGUGAAGCUUAUCAAAUCUGGCGCCUAUGUUGCACUCACCCUCCUGGGCUCUUCACCUUCGUCCGUCAGUGUCUCUGGACUCCAACAGGACCCAUCCCCAGCAGGAGCUCCUCGAGUCACCCCAGUGAUCCCCCCACCACCACCGCCUCCACCUCUACCACCUCCACAACGAAUCACGGGACCCAAACCUCUGCAGGAUCCUGAAGUUCAAAAACAUGCCACCCAGAUCCUCAGGAAUAUGCUGAGGCAGGAAGAAAAAGAGUUACAGCGUAUCUGUGAGGUGUAUAGCCGGAACCCUGCCAGCCUGCUGGAAGAGCAGAUCGAAGGUACCCGGCGACGAGUCACUCAGUUACAGCUGAAGAUCCAGCAGGAGACUGGUGGCUCCGUGGACAUACCUCCACUAUAUGGUGAUACCGGCCAGAGACCACCAGAAGGCCGUCUCUCUCUGGAUUCCCAGGAGGGGGACAGUGGCUUGGACUCUGGGACAGAACGCUUUCCUUCCCUCAGCGAGUCAUUGAUGAAUCGGAACUCCGUACUGUCAGAUCCUGGACUAGACAGUCCUCGAACGUCCCCCGUGAUCAUGACCAGGGUGGCUCAGCACCAUAGGCGGCAGGGCUCGGAUGCCCCAGUCCCCCCAACCAGCGACCAGGGCGCAGAUCAAAGCUCAAAGCCUUUAAUUAUUGGCCCAGAGGAAGAUUAUGACCCUGGUUAUUUCAACAACGAGAGUGACAUCAUAUUCCAGGAUCUGGAGAAACUGAAGUCGCGUCCCGCUCACCUGGGGGUUUUUCUACGUUACAUCUUCUCUCAGGCAGACCCCAGUCCACUGUUGUUUUACCUGUGUGCAGAAGUUCAUCAACAGACAAACCCCAAGGAUUCCCGAAGCUUGGGAAAAGACAUCUGGAAUAUUUUCCUGGAGAAAAAUGCGCCUCUGAGAGUGAAGAUCCCUGAGAUGUUACAGGCUGAAAUUGACUCGCGCCUGCGGAACAGUGAGGACGCCCGCAGCGUACUCUGUGAAGCUCAGGAGGCAGCCAUGCCAGAGAUCCAGGAGCAGAUCCACGACUACAGAUCAAAGCGCACCCUAGGGCUAGGCAGCCUGUAUGGUGAAAAUGACCUGCUGGACCUGGAUGGGGACCCUCUCCGAGAGCGCCACGUGGCUGAGAAGCAGCUAGCUGCCCUUGGAGACAUCUUGUCCAAAUAUGAGGAAGACAGGAGUGCUCCCAUGGACUUUGCUCUCAAUACCUACAUGAACCACGCUGGGAUUCGUCUCAGAGAGAUACGACCUUCCAACACAGCUGAAAAGGCCCAAUCUGCUCCAGACAAGGACAAGUGGCUGCCCUUCUUCCCUAAGACCAAGAAGCAGAGCAGCAAUUCCAAGAAAGAAAAGGAUGCCUUGGAGGACAAGAAGCGAAACCCCAUCCUCAAAUACAUUGGAAAGCCCAAAAGCUCUUCUCAGAGCACAUUUCAUAUUCCCUUGUCCCCUGUGGAAGUCAAACCAGGCAAUGUGAGGAACAUCAUCCAGCACUUCGAGAACAACCAGCAGUAUGAUGCCCCUGAACCUGGAACGCAGCGACUCUCGACAGGAAGCUUUCCUGAGGACCUGCUGGAGAGUGACAGACAAGCCCUCAGGACACCAGGAG